CUGAACUUUUAUUUUCGAAACUUCAAUUUUUUUCUUUUUUACGACGGUUAUUUGAGUGAUUGUGCUAUUUUCAGUUGUGUUUUGAUUCUUAUUCUAAUCAUGUCUGAUCAACCUUGGAUUGACGCCCCUUUUGACUAUGUGCAAUCUUUAAAUGCUAAUUACAGCCACGAAAACCCUAAAAACCUUCUGAAAAUAUUCGCCGAUUCUUUCAAGCAUCGACUUUUGGGAUCGAAUUCCAAACUGGACCUCUUUUGCAAUGAUGCUUACCUAGAACAAUCGAAUAGCAAGCUAUGUGUUGUACGAGGAAUGCUUCAAGAUUUCGGAGAAUCUGAGCUAUUUGUUCUGAAUUACAAAACGAGCAACAACACAGCGAAGAUUGGCCCGAACAACAAUGUGAAUCAAUCGUCUACUGCGUUUCUAAAGGACAGCACAAUUAUAACCGAAGAGUUGGUUCUUGACCAAGAAAAUGUGAAUUACGCCGAUCGGUUGUCUUUGAAGGUCACGCCCGUUCCUGGUGAAGGUUCAUGGGUCGUGGAUAAUUUGAGGUCAAAGUUCAACGUAAAGGAGUCUUCGUCGUUGUCGUCUGAAAGUGAAGAAGGUUCGAAAUCAGCUAAACUGAGAAGGUGCGAUGAUGGCAGUGGUGUUAUCAUGAAAGGAUUGGACGUGAAAUUUUAUGGAGAAGACAGUGACGUGGUACUUAAUAGUGUCUAUCUGUUCUAUGGCGUGUUUGAGAAAGUCACUGUGAACAACAACGCGGUUGAUGAGUUUCUGAUGGAACAUGACAAACAAGAACCAGCUUCUGCGUCUUCUUUGCCGAGUAACUUCAUCUUCCACGCUAUCUUUGCACAACCAGUUCUCUCGGCAGUCGUAGACAACAUUCUCACUGUGACGUCAGAGGACACGAUUGACCAGUCGUGUGCUGUGCUCCGAGAGACGAGACCUCUAUUGAUGAGUGUGUUGACCGAGUUGUUCGGGGGCGACUCGACUACUGCCGAGUGGACGCUGCUGCAUUUGAUAUCAUCGGUGUACAAACGAGCAGACACGAUGCCAAUCGCACUGAUGGUUUCAUCAGGAAACUUGACGCUGAAUAUAACGAACUCCAGUAGAGAUGUCGUGAAAAAGCUAACUCAACUGUUACAAUCGAUUCUACCGAAUCUGGUCUAUUUCCCAAUGACGGUUGAAUCGCUGAACAAGUCCAAACUAAUUCCCCACAAGGACGUGGAAACGGGAGUCCUGCAUACAGGGGUCCUUCAACUGCCUCCAGGGUCGUCAGUCAUCAUAGACGAAACAUGCAUGGAACCGGGAACCCUGGACGAAUCAGGACUGGCUAAUCUGGCAGCUUUGACCACUUUGAUUCAGAACCAGAAAGUCUAUUACGACUUCAAGUUCCAGAAUGUAGAGCUACUAACUAACUACAAUGUCAUCAUCAUGUCAUCGACUUCUUCGCUUGUUAAGUCAUCAGCUUUGAGGUUGAAAAUGAAGCCAACUGCAGAACCAUCGAUGCCAAGAUGUGCUAUAGUAUCUAUUGAACAAGCUUAUGCCCUGAGAAAAUAUCUGACAAUUGCCAAGUUUUUGCAAUAUGAAGUGCCCCUUGAAAUGUCAGAAAUUGCGCAGAAGCAUUUUGUGCAAAGUCGACAAGAAAACAAGCAGUAUUCUGCUGAUGAUUUUCACCAUAUGCUCAAUACGGCGAGACUCGUUAGUUUGAGUAAAGGGUGUUCGAAAUUGAACGAAGAAUGUUGGCAGAAGGCAAAACAGUUGGUAAACGCCCAAAUGGAACAAUCAAAAUAAAUAAUCCCAAAGGUUCCUGAACAUAUUUUUUGAGAUUGCUUUUUUGUUUAUGAUAAUUACCUUGGUAGUUUGUGUGUCAUUAAUAACCUAGAUUAGGUCUUUCUACCGGAAGUUGGCGUGCAUGGUUGGUGAGACGCAGAAUUCAUUAAAAAUUGGCUAUCCGCAU